CCCAGAAAUUUCCAGAGCAACAGAGAAAAGACGAAUAGAGUAGCCUGAUAUUCUUCUUUUAAUGUGCUUGACAUCUAAAGACAGAAUGAGAAAGAACACAGGAGUCUUAUUUUUAUUUUUAUACCUAGCUGUGUUUCAGUGUAAUGCAGAAGACAAAUCUCUAUCAAGUCACUUUGAAUCUGCACUGGAGGGAACAGAAAUUUCUAUGGGAUAUCACAGCCCUAAAGAUAAGGGUCCCCCAAAAUCAGUGGGUGAGAAUAAACCAAUAAAACAAACUGAAGAUGAAACAGAGAUGACAGUAAACAUCAACAAGAGAAAGAAUGAGGAAGAGGAGGGUGUGGAGAAGGAAAAAGAACAAAGUGACCCUGUUACAACUGAGAUCCCUGCAACAACAAACCCUGCUCCAGAUGAUACCUACACUUACUUCUUGUCGAGACUUGCAGAUAUGGAUGCAGCAAUCCAUCGCCUGAAUGUAGCAUACUACACUUUGGAUGUUAAGAUGUCUCAGCUGUCAAAUAAGGUGUCCAAUGUGGAAUCCAAAACUGGAAGAAUGGAACAGAAGAUAGAGGAGAUUUUUCAAAUCAGUAAAGAGAAUCAGAAGGAGAUUGGACGAAUUGAAGGCUGCCAGAAAGGCAUUCGCUCAGGGUACAAGUGUUUCCUGAUCUAUCGCUCCUAUGAGAAUUUUACCAGUUCCGGAGAAAAAUGCAAAGAAAAGGGCGGUAGAAUGGCCAUGCCAAAAGACAAGCCCCAGAUUGCUGCACUAGCACAAUUUGCCCGUCAGCUUUUCCAUCCAGGAAACUGGCCUGUGUGGCUUGGGAUCUCAGAUCAGCGAUCAGAAGGCCUGUACCUCUUUGAAGAUGGCAUUCGUGUCACUUUCUUCCAGUGGCGGAAGCAUAUCCACUCCAGUCAGCCAGAUGGAGGAAAAAGAGAAAACUGUGUGGCCUUUUCCACUGAUGAUGGGGACUGGUGGGAUAAUGACUGUUCAAGACGAAUGUACUAUGCUUGUGAAUUUGAUGUCUGAUCUUAGUAUAAUACACCUGAUCUCCAGUAUGGUAAACCAGGGAGUAUGGAUGUAGAUCAAAAUGUUUACUAUGAAUAAUAUAUUUCCACAAUAUUAAUAACAACUACUGUCAUAUAUAUAUAUUCAUUUUAUAAAUUCAGCCUAAUAAAAUUACUUUAGUUCUACAUCAGAUGUGCUCAGCCUUGAUCAGGGUAGACUAACUGGAUUUUAUUGAAACCAGCUUCUUAAUUUGGUGUUAGCUCUUUCUGUUCAUUGAACUAGAUAGCUCACCAUAACUUUAAGUUUCCAUUCGCAUAAAUUAAUAUAGUAAUUGUACUGCUUUUACUUCAUUCUGAAAUUCAGAAGAAGGCUUAUUCAUGCCAAAGCUUUCAGGGAAGAGAAGAAUCUUUAGUUUCUGCAUUUUUAACACAUUUUAACAAUUUGGAUUUCAGGUUAUUUCAACUAACACCGAGGCACAAAAUUAAAUAUUUGACAGCUAUCUCACAAACUGACAGCCAUUGGCAUUUUUGUGUUUAUCAUACUGUAAAAUAGUUUAAAUUUAAAAAACUAAUGGCAGAGAAAAAUGUUAAGGAGUUCUAAUCUAUUCAGAUCCUGGAAAUAUCUUGUUGCACUUUACAAAAAACUUAAGCAUACACUGGUAUGAGUUUCACACAGCCAAGUAACAGAAGAAAGCCACCCAAUGUCCCAUUAAAUGACACAUUCCAUUCACAACAAAAAUAACUUUCUGUAGGCUGAAACAAACUCUCGCAGGACCUGGGAACCACCAGAUACAAUCACAUCGGAUCUGUAUUAUACCUAUUACAUCAUUCUUAAAAUUUUUGUUAUAUCAAUGCAAUUAACUUCUAUAACUCAUAAAACUAAAGAUGGCCAGUAUUAUUUCUUGACCACUCUAGUAUCUCUAGAGAUAUUUCAAAUUUCGGAACAUUUAAGACUUGCAAAACCAACAUAACAAAAUGUAAAACUAUCACUACUUAAUGUUGGUGAUGAAAAAUGUCCCAGUAAAAUGGGCAUUCAUUGAAGUCUGGCUGGACUCUUUAUGAUAUAAUAAACUUUAUCAUGCAUGUGGGGA